AUGGGUAAGGUUCAUGGAUCUUUGGCUCGUGCCGGAAAAGUGAGAGGGCAAACUCCUAAGGUUGCGAAGCAAGAUAAGAAGAAGAAGCCACGUGGUCGUGCUCACAAGCGUAUGCAAUACAAUCGCCGAUUCGUCACUGCCGUUGUCGGAUUCGGAAAGAAGCGUGGACCUAACUCGUCUGAGAAGUGA